AUGGUUAAAAUUAGUUGCGUUAGUAAGUGGCAAAAUUUGGGAUUUUACAGACAAGUUUUAACUAUAUUUACGGUACCGGCAGAAUUUGAUGAUGAUGCAAUCUCAACUAUGCGUGAAUAUCAUGCUUUUACUGCAGAACUGACUAAAGACAAGUUUAGUAGAAACUUAAAAUUUGCGACAGAACCUGAAGCUGUCGCAAUAUAUUGUUUGAAUUCUAUGAAGGGACAAUAUAAUUUAAGUACAGGAGAUGAUCAUAAAUUAAUAAAACAGUAUGUUACUGCUGGAGAAGAGAAAAAUCGGUUAGAAGAAGCCGAUUGGUUGAUAGAAAUCGAAUUCGAAGAUAUCAAAGCGAUGUUUGAUCCAGUUAUAAGAAGAAUUAUUCGAUUGAUAAGAGGACAACUAGAAAAGAGGAAUAAAAAAUGUUCGGCUCUGAUGUUAACUGGUGUAUUUAAUAAAUCUAGAUACUUACAAGCUAGAAUUAGACAAGAAUUUGGCGUACCAAUACAUCCUAUUAUUGCCAUUGGAGUUCAGUUUGGACUUCAAGAAGAAAAGAUGCAUAUCGUAUUUUAUGAAAAUCUAAAGCAUUUAAUUAUAGGAACCGAUAUUGCACGAGCAUCCCAAUCAGAUGAUCCAGCAUCGGAGAAAUUUCCAAAUGAUUUAUCUAUAAUUUUCGACGCACUCACAAAACGAGGUGAACAAGUUCCAGUAAAUUAA